UAAAAGGAUUAAUUGUGGGAUUUUUGAAAUAUUCAUCAGUGACAGUGAGUGAGAGGCUGAGAGCCAUGGAGAUGGCAACCUGCAGAUUCCACAGCUCCUCCUUCUCCCUCCCAAACCCUAACACCAACAACCCUAGAAUUACUAGACUUUCCUCUCCUAUUCCACUCUCCAAGCAACUCUUCGUCUUCACCUUAACCUUCUUCCUCAACCGCCAAAACCACCACACUCAAACUCCGCUCCCGGAACCCGAAACGCUUCUCCGCUCGGCCGCCAAUCAAAUGCUCCGUCUCCGAAGCCACCGAAGCCGCAGCCACCGCAGUAGGGAGGAGUAAGUUGAUGAGGACAAGUGACAUAAGGAACAUACCUGGACCUGCUACUGACAGAGAUGAUGUAAACACUUCACUGGUUGUCGGACGUGAGGGAUGAUUCUUAGAUGGGAGUCUAGAAUUUAGACAGUUCAGAUAGCCCAGACCAUUUUGUAAAUUGGCACCAACGAUGCACCCUUUUAGUUCUCCUCGGAAGGAUCCCUAUUCAGAGGGGCCUUUGUAACCAUAUGAGGUGAUUGUGUUGAACUUUUAUUGUUUCUGAUGCUUAGGAAAACAGUGGAGGGUAUAAAUAAUUACUGUCACGGUUGAAGGCCAAUACGUCUGCUCCAUUUUGAACGAAUUGGAAUCAAAAUAAGGCACAUUGUCAUAUUACUUAAAACUAAUAGUAAAUGUGCUUCUUUCAUAAGAACUGUGAUGCCGUGGUUCGUACAAAAUUACAAAUAUAGAAACUGUAUUGCCAAAUGCUUAACUUUUCUUUUCUUGAGGAAAAUAUCCUUACGAGUUACGGAUCAUACCAGUCGUCUGAUAUCAGUCAUUUCUAUCAUUUGGAUUGCUUGCGAUCGCCACUGUGGAGGUGCCAGAAGAACAUACGGGCCCUUUUGUUGAGCUUCUUGGCAAAAGGUGGGGCAGAUUUGAUAUGCAAGGAGUGGGGUUGGAAGGCACAACCUUCCUCAAACAACGAGAAUACACAUUUCUCUUCAAUGAUUGGCCUCAGCUCCUCCAACUCUCAAUUGGGUCCAAAAAUCUCAUUCUGGGUCAGGCAAUUCAUGCAUUUUUACUCAAAUGUGGCUGCCAGAAUGUCACAUUUCAGGGCAACAAUCUUGUCAACUUGUACUCGAAAUUCAAAAGACUGGAUGAUGCACAUCACCUUUUCGAUGAAAUGCCUCUUAGAAACACAAUCACUUGGACUUCUCUCAUAAAGGGAUACUCUGACAUUGGUGACUUUGAAUCUGUCUUCCACAUUGCACAUGAUAUGUUUCACAGCAACGAGAAGUUUAACGAGCAUACAUGCUUGGUGAUUUUGGAGGCAUGUAGUUCACUUGAAGACCGGAGAAGUGGGGAACAGGUUCAUGGUUCUGCUGUAAAAAGUGGGCUUCAGAAGAAUGUUUUUGCGGCCACUUCUUUGGUUUCUAUGUACCCUAGAAGUGGCUUCUUGGGUGGUGCAGAGAAAGUGUUCAAUGACAUGGAUUACAAUGAUGUUCAGUGUUUAAAUUAUAUGAUCUUGGAAUAUGGGAAGGCAGGCUGUGGAGAGAAAGCAAUUGGGGUCUUUAUAGAUCUUCUGAGUUCUGGCUUAGAGCCAUAUGAUUAUACCUUUACAAAUUUGAUUAGCGCUUGCGAUGGAGAUGUGGGUGCUGAUGAAUGCUUGCAAUUACAUGGACUUGCUGUCAAAUAUGGUAUUAUGGGUGAAACUUCUGUUGGAAAUGCAGUAAUAACCAUGUAUGGAAAGCACCGGAUGGUUGAAGAAGCUGGGGCAAUGUUUUAUUUAUUGGGUGAGAGAAAUUUAAUUUCUUGGACCGCGCUUCUGUCAAUGUAUGUUAAAAAUGGCCGUGAUGAUAUGGCUCUCGAUGCUUUCUUAAAAAUACUCGAUCGAGGUAUUUGUGUUGAUUCUAACUGUUUAUGUACUGUGCUUGAUGCCUGUUCAGAGUGCAGAAAUCUGGAAUUGGGAUGUCAGAUCCAUGCAUUUUGCAUAAAGCUUGAUUUUGUCUCUUGCGUCAAUGUUGGCACUGCAUUGAUUGACAUGUACGCUAGAUGUGGGAGCCUUCAAUCUGCAAGACAGGUUUUUGAUUGCCUUUCAGGUAAAAACACCACUUCAUUUAAUGCAGUACUUGUUGGAUUUAUGGAACCACAUAAAGAUGUUGAAGAGGAUUCCAUGGUCUUAUUUAGUCAGUUAAGAUCUUCUGGUAUAAAUCUAGAUUUCAUAACGUAUUCACGGUUCCUUAGUGUAGCAGCUGAAGAAGCUUGCUUAGAAAGGGGGAAGAGUCUCCAUGCUUGCAUUAUUAAAGCUGGAUUUGAAGCCAAUUCCACUGUAGCUAAUGCUGUAAUUACCAUGUAUGCCAAAUGUGGUAGCAUUGAAGAAGCUUAUCAAAUGUUCAAUGAUAUGAAUAGUUGUGAUUCCGUAUCCUGGAACCCCAUAAUUUCGGCGCAUGCCCUUCAUGGAGAAGGCAACAAAGUACUUUCACUUUUUAAAUCCAUGAAGGAAGUAGGAUUUGCCCCAGAUGAGAUCACGUUAUUGGCUACUCUUCAAGCUUGCAAUUACGCUGGACUAUGGGAAACUGGGUUACGCUUAUUCAAUGAAAUGGAGCCAAAGUAUGGAACUAAGUCAGGAAUUGAGCACUUUGUAUGCACGGUGGAUCUUCUGGGUCGGUCUGGGAAUUUUUCAGAAGCCAUCGAUUUCAUCAACAAAAGUCCAUUUCCAGAUUCACCUUUGCUUUGGAGAACUUUAGUCAAUGUGAAUUUGAAUUAUGGCAUGUUAGCCUCAAAACGUUUGCUUGACUUGCAACCUGAAGAGGCUGGGUCUUACAUACUUGUUUCAAAUAUGUAUGCUCGAGGAGGAGUGUUUGAUGAGGCUGCAAAGGUUCGAACCCUUAUGAAUGACUUGAAAAUGAAUAAAGAAGCAGGAUGCAGUUGGAUUGAAGUUGGUAAUAGAUUUCAUUAUUUUGUUGCAAGUCAUAUGGACCAUCCAAAAAGUACUGAAAUUUAUGCAGAACUCGAUCUAUUAAAGGUUUUAAUAAAAAAAACCGUAAUGAUAGAUGUGAUCUCCAUCUGAUUUGAGAUUUGA